CGAUCAUGUAUGUGUGUCUGUGUGUGUGUCUGUGUGUGUGUCUGUGUGUCUGUGUGUGUGUCUGUGUGUGUGUCUGUGUCUGUGUGUGUGUCUGUGUGUGUGUCUGUGUGUGUGUGUGUGUCUGUGUGUGUGUCGAGUAUACGUACACGAAUGCUGUUCCCUGUACAAGCGUGCUUUUAUGCCCUGAGCAGCUGUCCUUUCUUCCACUGAUGUUGCCUGACUGAUGUUUGUAUCAUGACUCGGGUCAAGACCACAAGACGGCUGCUCGAGGGUCCGAAUGCAGAGAAGCAGGUGCGCACUCUAGAUCUGUGUCUCGUGUGCUUGUCCCAUUCUGCUUGAUUCUGCUUUUGCUGUAGGCGGUGCUCCGUCGCUGCGGCAAGCCCAACCGACUGAUUCUUCAGAAGAAUGCUUCUCUGUUUGCUCGGGCUGUCAACAUCGGCCGCACUUUUCUACGCGUGACCACUGGCGGGCUGCUGUGUGCAGACCACAACACCAACAAUCAGCAGCGUCGUGUCAGCUGUUCGGCUCAGCAAGCACAGCACGACGUGAGUGAUAGAAUGGGUCACAGACACUCAGAAAAGCGACCAAUCACUCAAUCAUGCACUGCGUCUGUGUGUAGGAUGAUGGUGAGGAUUUGAUCACAUUCGACGGCUCCCCGACGCAGUCACACCACCACCACCUCCCAGCAGCAGCAGCAGCACCCAGCCACUCCCGCCGUAUCGACAUUCACUCUCUGCGUCUCUCUCAACACACACGCGGCACUCGCUUGUCGGGUCGUCUGCUCUUCAGCCCCUCAUCUGUCAGCUCGCGUGCGUUCCACAGUGCCCAAUCCAACCAGUCGUGGUUCGAUGAGUGCAUGGGCGAGGGAGCGACAGAGGGCGAGGGGGCGGCCGAGGGAGACGAGGGCUCUGCUGACGAGGACAAGGGCGACUCGUGUCGCCUCUGCUGGGCUCGGCUGACCGAAGAGGCGUUUCACUGGUGCGCAUCGAUCAUGUGCGUGUCCAUCUGUGUGUUGUGUUGUGUUGCGUUGUGUUGUGUUGUGUACAGGACGGAGGACACAACUCUGUUCACGCUCGAGUGCGGCCACACCUUCCACACAGCCUGCCUCAAGGAGAAGACAUGUGAGUGUGGCUGGCUGACAUAUACACGCCCUUCGCUCAUGAAUGUCUCUGUGUGUGUAUUGUCCCCUUUCCAGCCCGUCGCGAGACCAUGAGACGCCAGCUGUGUGACGUGUGCUAUGCGCCCAUCUCGGCCACAGACAAACUCACCAUCGCCAAGCAAUUCAAACAAGUCGACAAGGCAGUAAGCAGACCCCACGUGCACUGUUUCUCACCUGCACCUCAGAUCGAAGGGGAUGUGUGUGUGUGUGUGUGUGUGUGUGUGUGUGUUAGGCUCGAGCGAAGCACAAGAGGCCGCCCAAGUGAUGAGGAGUGUGUCCAUCCAUGGCACAUCGCACCGAUACAUGACAUACAAACCUGACAGAACGCGUCUGUGACAUUCGUGAAGUGUGCGUCCGACUGAAGUGUGUGCGCAUGGAUCUGUCUGGUUGAGGGGUCAUGACGCG